UUAUUACUAUCUUCAGGGGCAAGGUGGAGGAGGUGGAGCUGCCAGUGGAGAAGGUUGACAUCAUCAUCUCAGAGUGGAUGGGCUACUGUCUCUUCUACGAGUCCAUGCUCAAUACCGUCAUCUUUGCAAGGGACAAGUGGCUGAAACCCGGCGGUCUGAUGUUUCCCGACCGUGCUGCACUGUAUGUGGUGGCCAUCGAGGACAGGCAGUACAAGGACUUCAAAAUCCACUGGUGGGAGAAUGUGUAUGGCUUUGACAUGACCUGCAUCCGUAACGUGGCCAUGAAGGAGCCCCUGGUGGACAUAGUAGACCCCAAACAUGUGGUCACCAACUCUUGCCUGAUCAAGGAGGUGGACAUCUACACAGUGAAGACUGAGGACUUGUCCUUCACUUCAGCCUUCUGCCUUCAGAUCCAGAGGAACGACUACAUCCAUGCCCUGGUCACCUACUUCAACAUUGAGUUCACCAAGUGUCACAAGAAAACUGGCUUCUCCACCG